ACCAGGAAGAGAGAGAGAUCUUCCAGCCAUGGCCGGGGGCCACAAGGUGGAGCUGGCCGAGGCCUUGGCUUUGGGGUCCGGCUGGAGGCAUGCUUGCCACGCUCUGCUUUACGCGCCCGACCCGGGGAUGCUCUUCGGCCGCAUCCCGCUGCGGUACGCCGUGCUGAUGCAGAUGCGCUUCGAUGGACGCCUGGGCUUCCCAGGCGGCUUUGUGGACGCGCAGGACAGCAGCCUGGAGGACGGGCUGAACCGAGAAUUGCGCGAGGAGCUCGGUGAAGCGGUGUCGGCCUUCCGCGUGGAGCGCACUGAUUAYAGGAGCUCACACGCUGGGGCCAGACCUCGCGUGGUGGCCCAUUUCUAUGUCAAGCGCCUGACCCUAAAGCAGCUGGAGGCUGUGGAAGCUGGCGCACCGCAAGCCAAGGACCAUGGGCUGGAGGUCCUGGGCCUGGUGCGGGUGCCUCUGUAUACCCUGCGAGAUGGAGUGGGAGGCUUGCCUGCCUUCCUGGAGAAUUCCUUUAUUGGUGCUGCCCGCGAACAGCUACUGGAAGCCCUCCAAGACUUGGGACUUCUAGAAUCUGGCUCUUUCUCAAGUCUUAAGACCCCCGCUCAUCACUAAAUGUAACCCUCUAUAGAUCCAUGGAACCUGAUUGGGGACCUUGGGAGGAAAUGAUGGAGGGACAGGGGAAUGUUUUCUCUUCUGGGCCUGAGAGAUGAAACCAGAUUAAAAGGACAUGUGUGUGCAAUGUGUUUUGAGCAGAGGGCCCUCCAAAUUCAUGACAUCAGGGUCAAAAGUCCAUACCUCAUCCCAGCAAUCCAGGCAGAUUCUCAGGGUCUGCCUCUUUGUGCAUGUGCAUACACAGCCUGGACACCCCAGGCUUGCACAGGAACAACCUGUGACCACACAGCCUGACCCCUUUGUCCCAUCAUGUCUAGGCUAACCGGCAAGUGGCAUUUAUGGGGCCUGCCUUGUCUUUGUCCCUGCUCCUUCCUGAGGCGGGGCUUCCCCAUCUCCUGCAUGGCUGCUCUCCAGGGUCUAUCCCAACUCAAGUUCACUGAGGAGAGCAGAGGACCCUCUGCUCCCUGAGAUGCUCCCACCCUUCCCUGGGGGUUGACCAUAGCUGUGGGUUAUGGUACUAAUGGAUACCUCACUCUUUUCUUUCCUUGAAACUGAGCAUAAGGGCUGAGAUGGUGUCAAGGUCUUCUUUGGCUGACCUUAAGGCACCAAAGUCCUUGUGCUUGGUCUCUAGGGCUUUUGUUUUUGUGCUACCUUAGUCUCUGAGGAAAUGAGCAGGGAACUGACCCAGCCCCUUAUAGCCUGCCCUACCAAAAAGAUCCUCUCAGUAAGAAUGGAUAGCUAGGCAACUAAAAUCUUCAAUUAUUUCAACAAAUACUAAUUAUGUACCUAAACCUGCCAUGUACCAUAAAAAGUGGAGAAAUUCAUAGCUUUUGCUCUUCUAAGACUCUAGAGCAAGGGUUGGGCAGACAGUAAAUAUUUUAGACUUUGUAGGUCACAUGGUUUCAAUGGCAACUUCUUCACUCUGCCAUGUCAAAAUUAUCUGUUCAAAUCAAAUCUUGUGGCACAUGCCCAUAAUGCCAACUAUUGGGUAGGCUAAGGCAGGAGGAUCAUAAGUCCAAGGUCARCCUUGACA